AUGUCUCGACCAGCAAAGGCCGAUUGGGCCGACGACGAAGAAUUCGACGACCCCUCCGCCCUCCCCGCCCAACAAGUCACAACCAACAAGGACGGCACAAAAACCGUCAUCUCAUACCGUUUCAACGACGAGGGCAAGAAAGUAAAAGUCACACGCCGCAUCAAGACGACUGUUGUCCGCGAACACGUGAACCCGCAGGUCGCGGAGCGCAAAACAUGGGCUAAGUUCGGGCUGGAAAAGGGCCAUGCCGCUGGCCCCUCCUUCGACACGACCUCCGUCGGCGAGAAUAUUAUCUUCCGGCCGUCUGUUAACUGGAAGGCGCAGGCCGCUGAGGCUGAGAAGAACGGUGGCGAGAAGGGCAGUAUCAAGGACCAGCUGAAGGACAAGAAGGUCAAGUGUCGUAUUUGUUCCGGGGAGCACUUUACGGCCCGGUGUCCGUUCAAGGAUACGAUGGCGCCCGUCGACGAGCCUGGGGCUGCUGGUGCUGGAGAGGGUGCUGAUGCGGACGAAGGUCCUGGUGGAUUGGGUGUUGGCGGUGGCAGCUAUGUGCCGCCUCAUCUCCGGAAGGGUGCUGCGAGCGGUGGAGAAAGAAUGGCUGGCAAGUACGAGAAGGACGAUCUGGCGACUCUCAGAGUUACAAAUGUUUCCGAGCUUGCGGAGGAACAAGAACUCCGGGAUUUGUUCGAGCGUUUCGGUCGUGUCACCAGAGUUUUCCUGGCCAGGGACAGAGAAACCCAGAGAGCAAAGGGCUUUGCAUUCAUCAGCUUCGCGGAUCGGAGCGACGCCGCACGUGCCUGCGACAAGAUGGACGGAUUCGGUUAUCGCCACCUCAUUCUACGCGUCGAGUUUGCAAAGAGGGCUACUUAGAUUCUUUUCUUCGGUAUAUCAUCUUUGGGGUUUAUUUCUUUGCUUCGAUCUAUCGGAAUUUACGACGCUAUUUUAAGAGGUGUGAUCUGGUCUGUCUAGGAUGUUUGUUUGAGCUUUUACGCUUUACGGCUGAACUGGAGAUACCUACCUAACUCUUGCCUCACGAGUUCCCUUUUCUUACAAAUAAAAGUGUCAUGAUCCGUUCGAUAAUGAAGUAAACAAAACAGAAGGCGUUCAAUCUGCCUUGGGGAGAUCAGCAUAUUGGCAGGGUUGCCUCCUCGCCCGGUCAUACCAAAAGUCUCCUCAGAACAAGGAACAUAUAAGCCAGAACUAAUAAGACCUAAAUAUUUGUGAAGGUGGCUCAGUGGAAUACCCAUUAAUGCCAGAGGAAAGACCCCAACUA